CCGGCGGGGCUGGGGAUGCGGGCGGCGGCCCGGCGGCGCGGGCGGCUGCAGGCGGGCGGCGGGCAGCGGCGCGGCGCCUGACCGCAGGGCUCCGCUCCGCUGCCGAGGAUGCUGGGGGGCGAUGCCCGGCGACAGGGAGGACGAGAUUUGCCAGAAAGCGCUGCAGCUGCUGGCCGAGCUGUGCUCCGUCGGGGCGGUGGAGAACGAGAACUGCCGGGAUUUCAUCUACUACCUGCGGGACAGAGCCCGGCCCCGCCUCACCGACUCAGAUAUUUCAAUAAGCUUGCUCUCCUUAGUUGUCACAGCCUGUGGUCUUGCUCUUUUUGGUGUCUCUCUGUUCGUAUCCUGGAAGCUUUGUUGGAUCCCUUGGCGAGAGCGUGGUCUGCCAUUUGGGAACAAAGACAACAAACAAGAAUCACUGAACUACACAGAUACAGAGACCAAUGACCAUGACUACAGUGAGGAUUAUCUGGGUCAGCCUACAGCCUAUCCAGAGUCCUCCAUGAAGAUCAGUCACACCUCCCCUGAUAUUCCAUUAGAUGCUCAGGCAGGAACGAAGGAGAACUGCGUACACAAUGUGCGAAUGCAUCGUCAGAUCACUGAACCAACCUCUUCUGCUCGGCAUAAUUCAAUCCGAAGACAGCUCAACCUCUCCAACCCUGACUUCAACAUCCAGCAGGUUCAGAAACAGGAGCAACUGACAGGGAUUGGCCGCAUAAAGCCAGAGCUAUAUAAACAAAGAUCAGUGGACACAGACGAUGGCCGGAGGAGUAAUAGCAAGGAAUGUGGAAAACUGAACUUUAUUCUGAAAUAUGAUUGUGAUUUAGAGCAGCUGAUAGUGAAGAUACACAAGGCCAUCAAUCUUCCAGCAAAAGACUUCUCUGGAACUUCAGAUCCAUAUGUGAAGAUAUAUCUGCUUCCUGAUAGGAAAACAAAACACCAGACUAAAGUGCACAGAAAGACCCUAAAUCCAGUAUUUGAUGAAGUUUUUUUAUUUACUGUCCCAUACAAUGAUCUGAAUGCAAGGAAACUCCAUUUCUCUGUGUAUGACUUUGACAGAUUCUCCAGGCAUGACUUGAUUGGCCAAGUGAUAGUGGAUAAUUUUUUAGAUUUGGCAGAUUUUCCCAGGGAAUGUAAUAUUUGGAAGGAUAUUGAAUAUGUCACCAAUGAUAACGUGGAUCUUGGUGACCUGAUGUUUUCACUCUGCUACCUUCCAACAGCUGGUAGAUUAACUAUUACAAUAAUAAAGGCAAGAAAUUUAAAGGCAAUGGAUAUCACAGGAGCAUCAGAUCCGUACGUGAAGGUUUCUUUAAUGUGUGAAGGAAGGCGACUAAAGAAAAGAAAAACUUCCACCAAGAGGAAUACCCUUAAUCCCGUUUACAAUGAAGCCAUAGUCUUUGACGUCCCUCCAGAAAACAUUGACCAAAUUAACUUGUCGAUAGCUGUUAUGGAUUAUGACCGUGUAGGUCACAAUGAGGUCAUUGGAGUAUGUCAAGUAGGCAACGAUGCAGAAAGUCUAGGUCGCGACCACUGGAAUGAAAUGCUCUCAUAUCCUCGGAAACCCAUUGCUCACUGGCAUCCUCUUGCAGAGGAAUCAAGUGGGGGAGGGUGUCCAGCGCAUCCAGGCUGUGCAGAGAAAUAUAUACACAGCAUAUCAUUUUGGUUCCUGAAUCAGGAUUAGACUCAGCGAGAGCUUCUGGAACCUCUGUGGCCACAGCCAUAGGACCCUGAAUAUUUGCUGAAUAGGACCCUCAGUCUUCUACUGUGUGAAGAGCUAUUGGUUUCAAGUAGCAUAAUGUUAUCCACUUGUGGCAUUAAUUCUCCAGCUGACACUAUUGCUACUGAUAGAUUAUUUGUAUGGUCGUAAGCAUUAUCCAAAUUCAAUUCAUAAUUUCUGUUCAUUAGAAUAAACCCAGGUUUUACAAGCAACAUGAUAGCAAUGAAAACCAACAAAUAUGAGAAGCAGCAACAAAUAUGGUUCUUGUAUUUGCAAAGAAGAUGCAGUAUUGUAAAGGGAUAACUUUCUAAAUAUUCUUUUUUCAAGAAUGAUUGUCAUCAGACAUUUAAUUUUUGAUGAAAAGUUGAGUACUCAGUCUCAGUUGGUGCCUCCUUUCACCUUACAUGAAAACAAAUUACUAUGUUUCUUUGCAGAAAUCCUUUAAAUCUGAAAAACUGAAAAAAAAGUUCUGUUGAGUGAGAACAAGAUACAUAUGGUAUUUGUAAUGGCAGUAUGUUCUUUUAGAAAGAAGAUAACCAUCUGUAUAAUAUGGAGGCAGUUAGUCCCAAACCUUUGUAGAUGAUUUUUCAGUCAGUGUUUCUUAGUUGUGUCCCUGGCACUGUAAAAAGUUGGAAGUAUAUCACAGACGGCUAUGCUCUGUCAUACAAACAAGCACACCCAUGCGUGUGCAUGUGCACACACACACACACACACACAGAAUGUAAUUUUAAAAUACUGUUCCAAAUAUGUAGUGCCUGUGAAGACCUUUAUUAUUUGUAGUAGAAUUAACAGGGCUAUUUUACAUAAUAGUAUAUUGUAAAUGCUGACAAAUUCUGACUAUUUAAAAAUAAAAAAAAUUAAAAAUCAAAGCACUGAGAUCUCUCACACUAUGAAAUCUACAUCCCAGAACAAGAGCCCCUGCAAUAAAUUUUGCCACUUAUUUACCAUGCAUGGAGUUCUCUCUUCCUUCUAGAGAGAAUUUGAUUCAAGUUUUUACAUGGGGAUUUUUAUUUAAAAAAAAAAAAAAAAGGAAAAGCAGAGUAUGCAUAUUUUAUACAAUCUAGUUGCCUGCUGUGUACUUACAGAUAGGGAACCCUGGUCUUUAUAUAUAGUUCAGAUAAGUUUAUGUGCACACACAUUGCUUCAUGUCUUGUAAGUGUCGAAUGCUCAUCAAGAAUUUGGGAUUUGCAGUUUUGCCAACACAUAUGCAUGCAGGGAUUGAAGAAAAUAUUUGAAAUUUUGAUCCAAAAUUUGAAAAAUUAGUUUUAUAACCUAUCAAUACGGAUCUUCCAGAAAUUCAGAAUUUCUAGUGGGUAAAGCACAGCUUGGCACUUGCAGAAAAUCUUGGAGCUGUUAUAAAUGUGCACCGCAGCUAUAAAGCAAAGUCCUGUAAGUACAUUGGACAUCCUGUAAGUACACUGAAAAACCUCAUGCCAUGCUAUGGAGAGUACAGCUACCAUACACAAGGAUACCCCUGGCAAACUAAACAACUCUUCAAAACCUGACUCAGGUAAAUUUCAGAUGGUAACUAGACAUUUCCAGAAGAAUUAAAAACAGAUAUAAAGUUGCCCUGGCAAAACUAGUUCCCUACAAUUUCAAAUGAAGCUUUAUGUCAGCAGGCCAGUGAUACAAUACAAUGUUCAUAUCUGUUCAUGCAUGAUCCUCACUUCAGGAAAAAUCCUGCACUCUUUGCCCAAGCUCAUCUCCCAGGAGUCAACACGGGGAGAAGAGCAUGAGCAAAGAUGGAGGAUCCCUUCCUUUGGAGUAGAGUUCUUUGAUGUCCAGGACAAAUCACUAUAUGUGCAUCCCUGCCUGGAACGCAGAGCCAGCAGCCGCACCUUUUCUCACUGCAAUGUUAGCAACAGUAACUUCUGUAAAAAAGGAAAACACCUAUUCAUCAGGCUCAUUUUGCAUCCACGGAGGAGGGAAGAAGUCAGAAGCCUUUCCAAGAUUUGACUCUAGCAACUCAAAGGGGAAUCAACUGAAAAGUAGUAUCAUUAUAAUUGCCAGUGGUUUUUGUUUUUUAUUUAUUUUAUUACCAUACUCAGUUUAUUUAAUGCUUAAGUGUCUGAUAUCAAGAAAAUUAUUUUGAACACACAUACACACACACAAACCAAACAAAACAAACAAACAAGCAAAAAAAAAAAAAAAAAAAAAAGAAAAAAACCUCAGUUCAGCGAGCAUUUAAAGUGGAAUCCAGCACACCUCAAAGGCUUAGGGAUAAGGGAGAAAACCCAAUUAUCCAAUUUUUUAUUAAAUUUCCCUAAUUCUUGCUGACACAUGACUUGCAAACUGUUACUCAGGCUGUGGCAUUACUAUGUGCUUUUUACAAGUACCUGCUUUAUCAUAGCAGUCUGUGUAUGGAAUUAUAGCUAUUUUCUAUAUUUGGUUACUUCCCUCUUCACUUUUAUACUCCAAUAACCAACGUUGUUCCCUAGACCUGAAAUAUUUUCACAUUAUGGUUCUGGUGGGCCAGUAGACUGCUGCUGUCCUUGGAGUGUAAUACAAUAAUGCAACAGCACAUUGGAAGGAACAGAGUACAUACUGCUACAAAAUCACCUGCAAACCCAGUGAAAACUAUGGUUCCCAUACUUUUCAGUCUUUCUUUUCUGAACUAUGAUUCUCAGAGGUAAAUUAGUAAAAGGGUCACAGAAAUAAUUUCAAAGCUUCAACCACCAUUUGUUUUCUUAUUUCCUGUGAAUGAAUAAUUAUGCUGUAUGACAAGUAUUGUGAUUCUAAAAUAGAAAAGGCAAUCUCUUAUAAAUGCAUCUCAGCAAUACUUUAAUUCCACUUCAUUCAUUAACAAUGUGUUAUUAAACUGUUAAUUUUAGUUUUCUAUAACAAGCCAUCAUUUCAAAUGUUGUUUUAUGAAAAAGUAGUGAAUGUCCAUGGCAGAACCUCCCAAGAUACUGACACCGAGGCAGAGUAUAAUGGGCAGUUAUGUGAUAUUCCCAUGACAAUAUACUCACAGCACUACCCUUGUGCAGUUGAGUGCUCAAAUAUUUCUUUAUCUGUUUCUCCUGAAAUCACAAGACAUUAAAAGCAUUUCUCUUCUCUUUUGUUUCAUCUUUUUCUGUAAAGAAUCCUGGCAGUGGACAAAGACACAUGCAUCUCAAUCUGGGGCAGCAGGGACUACCAGAACAGAAAGAAAAAAUGUAGUAUAAAAAAUCCAGCGCUCAGAUUGUUCCUACCACUCAAUGUAUAUUUCUGCUUUCUGUGCCAGCAGAUCUAUAAAACACCAAAGCAGUACAUAUGAGAAACUUGUUAUAAAGAGGUCCAAUUUAACUACCAGUAGGAGAACUGCUGGUUCAAUCCAAAGUGAGGCAACAGCAAAAGGCAAUGCAAAAAACCUGAAAAAUAAGAGUUUAUUUUAGUCCACCCUUCUUGUCUUGAGGGGAUAGUUGUUAGAAAGGGUUUUUUUGUUGUUUUUGUUCUUUGUUUUUUGGUUUGGUUUCAUGUUUAUUUUUAAACACCAAACAUGAUAUGUAGCUAUAUUAAUAUGAGCAUCCAAAGUCAGAGGUACAAAAGACAUAUUUGCAUGUUUAUCAUUUGGCAACAUACGAGCACUGAGGAGACCUAUUUGCUGUUGAAAAAAAAAAAAAAAAAAAAAAAAAAAAAGAGCUGCAAACUCUGUUUUAGUUUAAAA